GUCUGUAGAAGAGGCGACCCCCGGCUCCCCAAUGAACGACCGUAAGGAAGAUAUGGAAAUCGCGUCCCACUACCGGCAGCUGCUGCGCGAGCUGGACCAGCAGAGGCAGCACGGGGUCCUGUGCGACGCGUGCGUCGUGGUCGAGGGCACGGUGUUCAGGGCUCACAAGAACGUGCUGCUCGGCAGCAGUCGGUAUUUCAAGACGCUGUACUGCCAGGUGCAGAAGACGUCGGAGCAGGCCACGGUCACCCACCUGGACAUCGUCACGGCCCAGGGCUUCAAGGCCAUCAUCGACUUCAUGUACUCCGCCCACCUGGCCCUCACCAGUCGCAAUGUCAUCGAAGUGAUGUCCGCGGCCAGCUUCCUGCAGAUGACGGACAUCGUGCAGGCCUGCCACGACUUCAUCAAGGCCGCGCUGGACAUCAGCAUCAAGCCGGACGCCUCGGAUGAGCUCUCGGAGUUUGACGUGGGCGCCCCGUCCGGCAGCGCGGACGCGCUCAUCUCCGCCGUGAUGGCCGGGAGGAGCAUCUCCCCGUGGCUGGCUCGGCGCACGAGUCCCACCAAUUCUUCUGGAGACUCGGCCAUCGCCAGCUGCCACGAGGGAGGAAGCAGCUACGGCAAAGAGGACCAGGAGCCCAAGGCCGACAGCUCCGAGGACGUGUGUUCCCAGCCGCUGUGGCCCGGUGACGUGGGCUACGGGCCUCUGCGCAUCAAGGAGGAGCAGAUCUCUCCGCCUCACUACGGAGCGGGUGAGCCGCCUUCUGCCAGGGAUGGCGGGACGACACAGACCUCCUUCCCUGAGCAGGCCGGGGGCGACGGCUGGCAGCCCACAGGCCGAAGGAAGAAUCGGAAAAACAAAGAGACCGUCCGGCACAUCACGCAGCAGGUGGAGGACGAGAGCCGUGCCGGUUCCCCGGUGCCACCCUUCCUGCCAACGUCCGGCUGGCCGUUUAGCAGCCGGGACUCAAACUCGGACUUGACCAUCACUGAGGCCGGCAGCUCUGACAGCCGAGGGGAGAGGGCGGACCUCUAUGCCCACGUGGAUGAGGGUCUCCUGGGGGCAGAAGCCAGCUACCUGGGCCCUCCCCUCACUCCCGAGAAGGAUGAGGCGCUGCAGCAGGCCACUGCAGUGGCCAACCUGCGGGCGGCGCUCAUGAGCAAGAACAGCUUGCUGUCCCUCAAGGCUGACGUGCUUGGGGAUGACAGCGCCCUCCUGCUGGAGUACCUGCCCAAAGGCACCCACUCCCUGUCCCUCAACGAGUUCACCGUCAUCAGGAAGAAGUUCAGGUGCCCAUACUGCAGCUUCUCUGCCAUGCACCAGUGCAUCCUCAAGCGCCACAUGCGCUCCCACACGGGCGAGCGGCCCUACCCCUGUGAGAUCUGCGGAAAGAAGUUUACGCGGCGGGAGCACAUGAAGCGGCACACGCUGGUGCACAGCAAGGACAAGAAGUAUGUGUGCAAGCUGUGCAGCCGGGUGUUCAUGUCGGCCGCCAGCGUGGGCAUCAAGCACGGCUCCCGGCGCCACGGCGUGUGUGCUGACUGCGCGGGCCGCGGGGCGGCGGAGCCGCUCGAUGGCGGCGGGGCCGAGGGCUCUCCUGAGCUCUUCCCCGGCGACGGGCCCUACCUGGAGGACCCGGACGACCCUCAAGGGGAGGGUGAGGAGGAGCUGGGCGAGGAGGACGACGUGGGCCUGGCCCACGAGGACACGCUGCUGGGGGACGACAAGGACGAUGCGGACUCGCCGCAGGGGCCCCGCAGCCCACCAGGGGGGCCUGGCAAGGACUUUGCCUGGAUCUCCUAGGCCCCUGUGCUGGGGGCUGGGUGGUGGCAGUGCCACCCCCUCCACCUGGGUGUGUGCUUAGGGGUCUCCCUUGCCCGGACGGGGCGUCUGACCCCUCGCAGCUCCUCCUCCAGGCCCCCCUUUAUUCUGCUCCCACCCCCCAGACAUACACAGAGAAGCUGGCCCUGUGGUCUCAGGAGCAGGUGUGGCCCCAGCAGCGGGGGCUCUGAGACCAAACAUGAAGUUUGUGGGGUGUAGGGAGGGUUCCCAUCUUCGGGGACAAACAGAGGGUCCCCGGCAGGUGCCUGUGGGGAGAGCAUUAAGGGGGCCUAUGUGGCUGGCCUGGCCUUGGGCUCAUGAUGGCGCAGCGGCCAGGUCAGCGUCAGCACUGCUCGGGUGUGGAGUCGCCCCGAGGCCACAGGCCCGAGGGCUGGAGGUCGGCACUCACCACAUGGCACCCAAGGCUCCAGACCCCGUCCCCUCCGCAGCCCCUUUUCAGCAGCCGGGUCACUGCCUGUAGCCCUUUGCCUUUGAGGCUCCGCAUCCCUGGGGCCACCUGCAGAACUAGGUCCAGUGUACAGAAGGCCCCGCCCCUGCUGCCCCUGGGCUUUGGUGCUCAACACAAAACAGCUUCAAGAGCCCCCGGGGUUGAGGGCUCCAGGUGCUAACUUCUGGUGGAGGGGGGAUGGGUCGAGUCCGUCAGGAGUCCGUCAGAGGUCCAUCUUUGUUCUGCGUGCACUUCCUUGGGGAGCCUGGGGUGGCCUUGUCCCUGGCUCCCUCCACCCCGUGGCACCCAGGCCACGCCUGCUGCCCUGCCCCAGGCACUUGCCUGCGCUGCUGCUCACACUGGAGGCCGGGUCCUGCCUGCCUGCCGCGCUGCUCACGCCGCCCGAAUGGGUAACCAAACUUUUUAAGUAGUCACAGUCACAGUCAUUUUGAUGGCAUUAUUUUUCUCACUUGACAAACCAUGCAGUCGUCUCUCCUGUAGUGCGUUGCCAGGUCCUCUGGCUGUCUUUUCAGACGUGCUCACAGCCUGGUCUCCUCUUUGUUCCUAGUGAAAAGCAAAGGCUCCGCUUGGUGCACGGCCUGUUGGCCAGCACCACCGUCCUGGCUGCAGGGCGACGGGCUGUCCUCUUCCUGGUCAAGGGUGUUCUGACGCCCUGCUAUCCAGACAUUCCCCCUCUCCCUGACUCUCUUGGGCACAGCCCCCCUCCUCACCCCCGAUCCCUGCAAGGACUCAAGGGUGCCAUAGAGAGAUUGUGUGUUUUCCCUCUUUUCCCACAGACUGAGCAAAAUGGCUUUUACCAAGUUUUUUUAUUGGGUCACAUCUAUUCUUUCCAGGUGGAAUACCCCAUGAGUCCUCAUGUAAGCUCCAGUGCCCCCAGAGGGCGCACCCGAGCACUAGCCUCCCCGCUGGGAGCGUUGGGGGACCCCGGCGGGGCUGAGUGGGUACGUGGGACCUGGUGCUGUCCUUGAAGUCCUGCCCCAGGGGAGAAGUCGCCACCUUUGUUUUUACUUAUUUAUUUUUAAAAUAAAACCAGCUGCCGUUCCUAUGGGUUAGAAGAGGGUGCCCUUGACAGACCUGCCUGCCGGUUGCCUGCACCCGCCUCCCCCGCCGGGCCCUCUGAGUUCCUCGGCACUGGCGUCCUCGGGAGAAAGGGCCAAGGUCGUCCCAAGCGCCGAACCCUCCGCGCCGCCCGCUCUUGCCGAGGGUGGGC